AUGGCCGAUGCAGAACUUGAAGAGAUCAGACGCGCACGUCUCGCGCAGCUCCAGCAACAGGCCAGUUCGCGAGAAGGGAACGGAGGCAGCUCCAACCAGGAAGAACAGAGAAAGCAACUCCAAGAGCGCCGCAUUGCUAUUCUAAACCAGAUCCUUGAACCAGCAGCUGCCGACCGUUUAGGCCGUAUUCGUCUCGUUAAUGAGUCACGAGCAGCAGAUAUCGAGAACAGGCUCAUCAUGCUAGCCCAAACGGGUCAACUACGACAGAAGGUCACAGAGGAACAGCUCAAGGAAUUACUGAACGCUGUCGCAGAGAACAAUCGGAAAGAGGAAGAGUCGCAUAAAAUUGUGAUUAAUCGCCGCAAAGGCGGAUGGGAUGAUGACGAUGAUGACUUACUGAAUCUGUGA